AUGGCCUGGACACAAGUGCGCCAAGGCCAUUACCACUCCUUGAAGCCAUCGGAUUCCUAUUGGACCACCUUUUGGGAUGCCAUUUGCGGCGACGUUAUCAAUCUCCCGGAAGAUGUUGAGAGAGGCGCGCGUAUUGAGUUAGCCGGCUUAAACGAGAUCAAGCGCAUGCUUGACACCUGCAUCUUGAAAGCAUUGGACACUACUUUCGAAUGUGCCUUCGAACCGCCUCUUCCCCAUCUUCGUCCGUCAAUGCGGAUGAUGUCUGACAUGGUCAAUAAUACAUUUGCCGAGCUCGAUGACUCGCAAAAAGGCACGGUUGCUUAUGUAUACUAUGUUUCGCGAUGUCGCUCUCCAGCUCUAGCACCACAACAACAGAACAGGGCGAUGUAUUAUGCGCUGAUGUCAACGGGUUGGUUCGCCGCAGCUCUUAACAAGAAGUGUGAGAAGUAUGUUCGACCCCCGAUCCAGGAGCCGCCGAAAGCAAAACAAAAAGAAAUUCCAAUGCCUAGAGAUGGGAUCAGAAGACCAGCAAGGAGUGUCCCCGAAUCGAAAUUGACUACGUACAAGCUCGUGGUGCUCGGGGACGGUGGCGUCGGGAAGACAGCUUUGACUAUCCAGCUAUGUCUGAAUCACUUCGUCGAAACCUACGACCCGACCAUCGAGGACUCAUAUCCCAAGCAAGUGCAGAUUGAUCAACAGUCAUACCAGUGGAUACGAGACGGCGAGGGCUUCGUGCUGGUAUACAGCAUCUCGUCCCGGUCGUCCUUUGCCCGCGUUCAAGAUUUUCACCGGCAAAUCCAACGGGUCAAGGAAUCAUCACUAUCCGGAUCUCCAACAUACCCUAGCUCGCCGCUGAGUACAUCAUCGAAUGGGUCUGGUUUUGGCCUAGCGCCCAUCAUGCUGGUGGGCAACAAAUGCGACAGGGAGACAGAGCGCGAAGUGUCGACACAGGAAGGAAGUGCACUUGCCCGGGAGCUGGGAUGCAACUUUUUGGAGACUUCUGCGAAGAAUUGCGUGAAUGUUGAGAAGGCCUUUUACGACGUCGUCCGGCAGCUGAGGCGGCAACGACAACAGUAUCCGGCGGCAAACGAAGCGGCAUCAGCAAACAAUACCAACACAACGUCCAGGGACUAUUUUUCUUGCGUUAUUAUGUAGGGUCUGCGACAGCUCGUUGUUGUACAGAGUACGUGAGACGUGUCCACUUCACCGUCUUCCUUUGCAGGUAUUGGCCUCAAAUAUAGACUUGAUCCUCAUAC